AUGAAUUCAUAAUUUUCUCCCUAACCAAAAUAAGAGCAGGAAGCUUAACAAUAAUCCAAUUCUCCACCUCCUCCUCCAAGCUAAGAUCGAGUCUAAUAUUAUCCUAUUUUCUACAUUAAACAUGAUAAUCAACCUUUUCAUUCCAGUAUAUAAUAGACACUAACUGAUCAUCAGAAUUCUUGGUUUGUAUAUCAUCCUGUGAUGCAAAACGAUCCUUUUUUCCCUUAUAUAUCUAACUUUUAAAAUUUUUUACCUAAACCAUCUACUAUCAACCCUGUAAUACCCAUAAAAAUAGAAGAUGACGAAGAAUUCAAGUAGUCCAAAGUUCAGUAACAAACAUCCAAACCUGAUCUAAUUCAAAUUCAGGAGAAAUAACGGAGUAAAAAGCAAAAAGUUUAAAAUAAAUUUUAAAGAGACAUAGACAAUAUUGCAGACUUAGAAAUCUAGCCAUGUAAUUGUUCUUAAAGUAAUUGUCUUAAGAGAUACUGUGCAUGCUUCCAUAGUGGUAGAAUGUGCUUAGAUGAAUGCCAAUGUAAAGAUUGUAAAAAUUGUACAGAUUUUUAUGAAGAAAGGGAUGAGGCUAUAAAUCAUGUUUAUAAAAAAUGUCAUCGUGAUAAAAAGGUUCCAGUCAAUGAACUAUUAUCCUUGCAAAUGAGUUAUGGAUGCAAAUGCAAAACGACUGGAUGUUAAAAAAAGUAUUGUGAAUGCUUUAAGAGGGGAUAAAUUUGUGGAGAAUAAUGUUCUUGUGAAGGUUGUCUUAAUAUCCCAUCUGCAUAAAACCAAAAAGAGCUUAAGAGAUAGAAAACAGUUCUAAAAUGA